CUUAAUUAGAUGCGCAGGAAAUCUCUCAGAGGCCGAUACCCGCGUACAAUCAUCUUUUCCUUUGUGCAAGUCAACGAGCCAGCGUACUGGCUAAUAACCACCCAUCAUGAACAGCUCCACGCCAUACAACUUCACAAAUCUCGAUCCUUAUGAGUACAGGGACGACAACUGCAGUAGUAUGAUGGAAGUUUGGAGUUACUUACAAUAUAACACAACAGGGGAAACCAAGUAUUAUCUGGGAUACGACGACAAGGAAAGCGUUUAUCAGUCCAUUAUACGGGGGUUCGAAGCUAUUAAAAAUGGUUCAGUGGAAGCUCCACCUAUGAAUCAAAGCUUUUGGGACUGGUCUAUCAAUGAUGGGGAUCUCCGUCGUAUUAUCAGCAACAGGGGCUGGGAUGAUUGCCCUGCAGAGAUGUGCAAAGUUAUCGGCUGGGAAGGUAGCCCUGACCUUGCCGGAGUCGGUAUGCUGGCCACAUACAUAAUACAGGCUAUCUUGAUCACAGUCUACCUUUGCGGAAUACUCACGGUCAACCUUAACCAGCGGUCGAAUCAAUCAUGGAUGUGGCCCCCACUCUCGCGUAUCCUAUGCGCAGUACUUGACACAACUCGCGAGUUCCUUUCAACCUCAGCAAUAUUCUCACUUGCUUUGUUGAUCGCUUCCGUUUGUUCAAUCACGCAACUUGAGGCGUACGAAAGUUCCAUGACAUGGAUACUUCUGCUGGUCAUACCUCUAUACUCGGUUCUCGCAGUGUUUGUACUGCACCUUGCAGCAUGGGAACUACUUCAAAGAUACAAAGGGCGAGUACUGGUACUGCUGAUCAUGGAUGCCAUGGUUAUCGUUCUUGCCGCGCUCAGUUCGGUUCGUUACAAUGACGGAGGAUCUGGAUGGGGGGUGAAAGAUGUUGAUCCAUCAUAUGAAGAGAGCCCUUGUUUGAAGGUUAAGUCGUUCAGGAGUAUGGCAAUCUUGUUCUGGACUGUCGCUGGGUUCUUGUGUCUCAGUGUUACAGCAUAUCUUAUCGAUUUCCUUGUCUCUAUGGUUCGGCGACGACCUGGACUGUUUGAACGACUCUCUAGCAUGAUACGAUGGGCAGUCAUCGUUGCGGGCUUGUGCAUGAUGUGGUAUCUCAUCGGUUGGUUCGUGAAAUUGACUCUUGACAUACGAUCUCGCGCCGGAGACAACAACGGAGACAACAAAUGGACAUUUGGGCAGGUGCUGGCACUUUCAACAUGGGUGCCUUUCCUGAUAGAAUUCGGAUAUAAUAUAUGGGAAGGGCCAAAGAAAGCGAAUGAAGCGCAUUCCAAUUAUCCAUCCAAGUCGGUUCUACCGAGUUCAUUUGCAAUGCGAUCACCAGGGGAAGAUGAAGAAAGAGGCAGAUUUACCCUGCUCGAGUGAGUACCAGAUAGGGUACCUUACUGUCAAUAC